CUGUACUGAACAGCUUUUCGCCCGAAGCUUCGCGACCUAUUUGAAUCGACCUUGCAGUGCUUUUUGCCACCCAGACUGGCUCCUUCCCGCACGCAUACGCGGUCGUAUACAAUGUCACCGCAUGGUUACAGAAGUGGGCGGUGGUCAACUACCUCGCGGAGGCCGUGAACGGCAGAACAGAAAAUGGAAAACAAGUCCCAGUGCUUCAACAGCCGCCACCGCCGGACUUUGACAAAAAGUCGGAGUGGCCGUGGUGGCCGGCGUGGAUCGACCACUUCGAUGACUACCGAUUCGCCACAGUUCGGGGGAGGCCCAGGUACGCACACUACUGUGUACUAUGGUACGCCAAGCCCGUGAAGUCUUUGCUGACUGACGAAGAAGAAAAGAGUUUUGAUGUCGUCAAGCGGAAGUUCGUCUCGCCAGCAACGGCCAGAAGAAUCGGUGGAUCAGUUCACUACUGCACUUCACGUGCUGACAGAACGCUGCAGCUUCGGGGAUAUGGAGUAACGACUCGUCCGGGACCGGUCGUCGGCCUUCUUGACGCGCAAUUGUCCGAGACCCUGCAGAUGCAUCCGCAGCUGACAUUGGCUACGGCGCUGGCCAAGGCUCGCCUCGUGCGGCAGCUCCCGUGUGUCCACAUUAGGAGCUCGCCAGAACUUCAGGACUAGGAAGCCAGCGUGGACGCCGUAGGCCACCAGAAACGCCCACAGCACAACAGAGGUUCCCCCUACUGCGCCGGCAACGCCCACCCGAGGUCGGCGUGCCCGGCCAGAGCUUCGAACUGUGGCAACAAAGGACAUUUUGCGAAAGCUUGCCUCAAGCAAGAAGUGCCAGCACAAAGAAAGGUACUUGUUGACUGUGGUGUGAAGGCUACGAAAGGCGGUGAAUGGAGCCGUCAAAAUGGAUGGAGUCUGCCUCUGCACCCGCUGCAGCUUGUGGCCUGGUUUUUUCUCGCAUACUUUUUGGUAAUGUAUUUCGCCGUUCUCGUGCCCAGCUGUCCAACCGGAGGCUGGCAGAUUGGCCUGUCACUUGUGAAUGCAGCUGUUGGCAUUGUUCAUGUAGUGUCCCACAUUUUGAGUGUUACCAUCGACCCAGCAGAUGCCAAUGUGCGGGCUAAAAAUAUUAAAGGUCCACUUCCUCAGUUUGAUCGAAGCAAGCAUGCUCACGUGAUUGAGAAUCAGUUCUGCUACAUCUGUGAAGUAAAAGUGGAAAACCGAUCAAAGCACUGCAGCAGUUGCAACAAGUGCAUCAAGAAAUUUGAUCAUCAUUGCAAGUGGCUGAACAACUGUGUUGGUUCAAGAAACUACAAGUACUUUGCCAUAUGCGUAGCGAGCGCUCUGAUGGCCUGCCUUCUGACUUUCCUGGUGUCUGCUGGGCUUAUUGUGGCAUACUUUGCUAAAAGUAGCCUAUUUAACCACCCUGCAGGUUUAUUUUAUGUGUUUGUGCCAGUAGACAAGACCGUCUGGCUCCUUAUGGUGGAAAUAUGUGCAGCACUCUCACUCCUUGCUAUUGCCCUUCUAAGCCACUUACUUGGUUUUCAUUUGUUUCUUGCAUUCAAAGGGCUAUCAACCUAUGAUUAUAUUGUUCUCAAGCGUAAUGCAUCAUUCCACGGAGGCACGCAAGCAGAAAAAAGGAACUUCUUCUUGAAGUGGUGCAAGCACAAGGUCAACCAGGUUUCACCCGUGCAGCAGAAAGCUUCAGCAGCUCAAAAAAGUGAUGCUGUUGACAGCGCUGGAAGAACAAGUGUAAAGAUCGACGUUCCCAAUGGUCAUGAAAAAAGUACCCGUGGUGGCUCAUUGUACUCUCGAGAUGUGCAGCAAUCUAACAGUCCAUCACGUCAGCGCUACGUCCUCCGAGAGAUACACAAGUCAAGGCUUAAGGUGGCUCGCAAGAACCGGGGUGGCAAGCUGAUGGAAGUGUCGGAGCAUGGCAGCCAUGCCGCUCCGAUUGUGGGGCUCGCCAAUCAGCAAGGGAUGACAUCACCUGCAAGGGCCUCUGAUCUCCGACCUAAACUCGAUUCCAUCAGCCUGGCUGGCAUCACCUCAGCCAGCCGCUCAGUCUCCCAGUCAUCCUUGGACACUGAUGAUGCAGUCCAGGUUCCCGUGGCAGCCAAUGCAGCCUUAAGCCUGGGCACUUCUGCCUGUGGAGGAAGCCUUAGCAACUUGCUCUUUUCUGAAAAUGCUGUGUUGCCAGCAUCCACACCUGGAGAGUUGCUCAUAGAGCACCACUCAGAUUUGUACAAGGAGAGCCCACGGGAAGCUCGGCCACAUGUCAGGGCCUUGCCACCUCUUGCCAAACGCUUAAUAGCUCCACCUGCUGCUGCUGCAACAACAGUGUCCAGUGCUGAUGCCGAGGGUGAAGUGUUCACCCUGUCAUCUCAAUUGCCUGAAACACCGGAUGGUGAUAUCCAGCGUUGGGCUGUCAGGUCAGCUUCCAUUCCUUGUGGUAAGACAUUUCAAGUGUCCGCUGAUGUUGUUACAGAGCCCCGGUGAUAUUAGGUCACUCAGGAAAAAGUUAAAGGGUUGCUGUCAUUCUCUUGUUCGCAUUCUCAUCAGCUGCUUCUUUGAACAGGAACAGCUGAAGAGGCGCAUGUUGCAUUCAGUCUGGUCUAAAGGCUAGCAUUGUUGUACACCUUCCAGAUAACUGUAAUGUUUUUUAAUGUAUUGUAUUGUACAACACUGAAUGUGUGAACUGGCUUGUGCAAAUUAAUUUGUGCCUGUUCACCUACUUCGCAUCACAGUUACUGUGUGCACAAUCGCUGUUUGUUUCAUGGUAUUAAACCCUGUACAAGGAUGGCCAUUUUAAUGUCUGUGGACACUUUAUGUGUGGAACUUCCUUUGCACAUGUGUAUAUGUAUUUGUGCGUGUUUGUCUGGAUUUCAUGUUCUUGUAUGUUGUUGCACAUUUAGAAAGUAAUUUAUGGGCAAUGUUUUAAAAUAUGUACAAGGUAAAUCUGUCUUUGCUGAUUCAAUCUUAUUUGUUAAUAUGCCAACUUGAUAGUAUCAGUAUCAAGCUCAUUCAGCAUCAGAUCAUACAGUAGUCCUUGCUGGAGUCAGCAUUGUCACUUUAGGCUGAGAAUGACAGGAUCAUUUUAUGCCACUGUGUGUGACUUAUAGCGAUAUUAGCUUCCAUCACAAUAAUCCGUAAACAGUUUGAAUGAAACAGACUUGUGAACACUGCCGUGUUUACUUUAUUCUUUUUCUACAGUUAAAUUAGCCAUAGCUAUUCUAUUUUAUUUUUCGUCCUUUUUCCUUGCACUGAAACCUCACUUAAACAAGCAUUUGCAAUUCACAGAAAAGUGUCUUUGGCACAUAUCAUUUGCUUCACCUUAUAUUUCACAAGCCUUCGUGUAUUCUCAUUGGCUAUGUAAAAUGCUUGAACCCAGGUGUAGGUGUAGAAAUACUAGAUACAGGAUGCAUCACGUAAUGCAUAGUUACUUUAUUCUAAAAAGAUUAACUGAAUCCAUAAUUGUGUUACCUCAAACGGAUUCUGUUCUGUUCAUUUAUAAGGUUAAGUGACAUGGUUGAUGUGGCAUUUAAUGAUGUAGCUUACUUUCACUGAAAUAAAUUUUCUUACUGCAUACCUUGUAUGUUUAGACAGUUGAAGUUUGCAGAUUUGUGAAGCCUGUUAAGUGAAGUUUCAGGGCAUUAAGUACAAUUAGUAUUAUAGAGCAGCGAUCUGUAAGGCUAAUGUGGGCUCAAGUCCAAAAGGUGCAGCUGCAGAUAAGCCUUCUGAAAUACUUAACUAUAAAAGAACAACAUGCCCAACUGUGGUUCAAAGGAACAUGUUUUACUGUAAAACUUGUUGAAUAUAUUACUUUAUUGAUAUGUGUGUGUUUUUAUACACCAUACACAUUAUUGUACAUGUGUCAAAAGUAGGGCACAAUGCAUAAAAAUGCAUUUUAUAUACUAUGUGCCCUCAAGUAGUGACAUAAUAGGGGAACUAGUUUUGACACAAUGGGACUUGCAAUUUUCUUAUGUCCUUUUUCUUUUGGUCAAUCACUACAUGCUGUUUUGCAUAGUAACUCUCUCGGGCAAGUUGUACUUGGUGUGCUGUUAGGGAAACAUUCACCUUUUAACCUGUGCUAUGGAUUUAUAUUUUUUACUGUGCAUAUCAACCUCUCUGCUCAUGUUCACUAUACAUUUUGUGCCAGCAUCACUACAGGUAAGUAGAAGUUGUAGUAAGCGACAUAUAUCUUCCAUCAUUUUAACUUAUUCCACAUGUUUUGUAGUGUGUGAGAAUUGUUUAACUUAAGAAGUGCUGCAUAAAAGUUGUAUUGCACACAUUUUAUGCUUGUGUUAAAGAAAGAUGCCCUAAAAGCCAGAUAGCAUUUGUGAUCUGAGCUAUUGAAGCUGUAAAUGGAGAGUACAGUAACAAUGUUUCAUACCCGCCAUGGUAGUGCAGUUGCUAUGGCAUUGGGCUGCUGUGCUCAAGGUCGCGGGUUCAAUCCCGGCUGCGACGGCCGCAUUCUGAUGGAGGCGAAAUGCAAAAACACUUGUGGGUAUUUAGGUGCAUGUUAAAGAAAUCCAAGUGGUCAAAAUUAAUCCGAAGUCCCCCACUAUGGCAUGCCUCAUAAUUACAUUGUGAUUUUGGCAUGUGAAACCCCAGGAGUUAGUUCAAAUUUCAACAAUGUUUGAUUUUUUUGCAAUAAAGAAGCUACAAUAUUUUGUUUAGUCAAAUAUUAAGCAGUUACCUUUAUAUAGUUAAAUUUUAGCUAAAGUCUACCAGCAGUCUGUAUAUUUUUUGAAGUCCCGUGGCUGUGCGAAUUGCAAUUUCCCAUAAUGAAAGGGUUAUUUCAUUGUUGAUAAUUUUUUCAGUUAUGGUUCAGUUUUACAUCUUCCUUUUGAUGUUUGUUUAAAAGUGCUGAAUUGAUUGUUCUGAUAAUUUUAGAAAGUUGAGCUUGCAUAGUAAAUAUCAGCUACUGGUUCUGGUUCUAAACUAUAUGUAAAAUGUCGAGUUCAUUGUUCAUGUAGAAUGUUUGAACAGACAAAAGUUUGCAGACCAUGAGAUUACAAAAACAUGCUUACGCAAAUUAUGCACAUUACACAAAUUAUGCACAUAGCCCGGAACUCAACUGUACAUACUGGUGAUCCCAAAUGCAAUUGAAGACAACAGCACUUGUUAAUUCAAGACCUCACUCUUACACUGCGAAGAAAUUUUCACAGGACGUCAUGGUUUGUAAACUUUUGUUCGUAGUUGUACAUAUUUUCUUGGCAAUGAAUCUGAAGCAUUGUAUCUGAUGUUUGCAAUCGAUACACUUGUGAUUCUAUUGAAGCCGGCAUCUCCCCAAGAUUUAUGCGAUCAGGGCCCAUUCAAGCUAUGUAUACUCUAUAUGGCUGCAGUUUAACUCUGUGUAAGCAAUCCUCCCUCUAGUCAUGGGUAAUAGAUACACGACCAGUUGUAUAUAUAUAGUAUAUAUGUGCUGAGGACAGUGGCCCAACAUAUAUUUUUUUUCCAUUUUACUGCAUUCACACUAAUGGUGUCUCACUGUUUCAAGUUUCUUGUAAGACGUCUCUCUGUCUGUCUGCAUGUCAGCUAAGUCUCGUUUUGAUGGACCGCAUGUGUGCUGCAUAUAUUCAGACGUAUGCCAUGCCUUUCACAUGCUGAAAUGUUAGAUUUGCUCAGAACAAACGUGUUCAUCAAUAGGCGCGGUGAGUAUUGUUGAUCUUGUUUUUUAUUCAUAGCGGGUGUGCAUAUAGAAUGUGUCCACUGUUGGAGUCAUACAGCUUAUUCUCAUAGCUCUAUUUUGCUGGAAACUGAUUCUCAGGCUAACAUAAUUUAACAGAGACAUGAGAAAUAUUUAGAAAAUAUAUAAAAGUGCUUUUGUCUGCUCAGGCAUGCCAGUGCUACAAUAUAUUUACAAGCUUUACAACCACAACUGCCCAUUCUUAAAUGAAAUUUCUUUUUAAUCACUUUAGUUUAAGGUCUUUUAAUCAUUGUGAUUUAUGACAGCGCUGUGUUGUUUAGUGAUAUUUACUUAAACAUAGCAUAAAUAUAUUUUUGUGUAUAGAUUGUGAUAUUUUUUAGUUAUUGUUACUGAAGGAAAGUUAGCUGCCUUUGAUGAAUAUCUGGUCUUAGUUUUGAGCCAAUGUGAGUAGCCAUAUUUUUGGAUGCCAUUUAUUGCCUCUCUGCGCCUCACUAAUGUUGUGUAAAAGCACGGCACCGGCGUCAAAUAAAAAGUAAUGUUUGCAUGCUGAAA